AUGCUACCGUUUCUUGCCCCAUACCUUUCCAAUCCCCGGCAAUCGCUGUCGCAGGUGCUGAACUUUGCCCUGGUCCUGUCGACGGCCUUUAUGCUAUGGAAGUCUCUUUCAGUGAUUGCAGACUCGCCCUCGCCUAUCGUGGUGGUGCUGAGUGGAUCGAUGGAACCUGCCUUUCAACGGGGUGAUUUACUGUUCCUCUGGAAUCGAGACAAAACGGCCGAGGUGGGGGAAAUUGUCGUCUACAACGUCAAGGGCAAGGAUAUUCCCAUUGUUCAUCGCGUCGUCCGCAGUCAUGCAGCUGCGGCCCCUGUCGAAGCCGACAAAAGGUACAGACAUCUAUCUACCCUCCGGCGAAAGGAAUCCGUUCGACUAAUCCUCGAUCUUAGCGGGAACCUGUCGAAAGCCUCUCCAAAACUCCUCACGAAAGGCGACAACAACGUCGCCGACGACACGGAACUCUAUGCGCGCGGCCAGAGCUAUCUGGACAGAAAAGAGGAUAUUAUUGGCAGUGUCCGCGGAUAUGUGCCAGCCGUUGGAUACGUGACCAUCAUGCUUAGCGAGCACCCUUGGUUGAAGACGGUCAUGCUGGGAAUCAUGGGCUUGAUGGUCAUCUUGCAAAGAGAGUAA